AGCUUCUGUUACCUGUCAUGUGCCAUUGGAAUGUCUGGAUCUCCCUCUUCAUAUCGUCAAGUGCCCCAACUGGAUCCUGGUGAUCCGGGGGUGGCACCUGAUACUACUGCUAUACAUAGGGAUACCGAUAGUAGUAAUGACCAUGGUGUUGCUCGUAAGGCUGCUCUUCGGAUAUACUGGCUGACAGCUGUGCUGUGUUGUGGCGGGGCGCUAUUCGGAUACGACUCUGGAGUCAUCGGCGGUGUCCUUACAUUUGAUUCCUUCCAGCAAGACUUCAACUUCAGCAACGAUGCCAAAACCCGCGUCAGUUCUAUCGCGGUGGGCAUCCAGCAAGCCGGUGCGCUGAUUGGCUGCUUCGCCAUCUGGCCACUAACAAACCGCUACGGACGACGGUUAGCCAUGAUGGUGUGCUCGGGGAUUUUUUGUGCGGGCGUUGUGCUUGAGACGAUUCGCUCAGGGUCGUUGAUGACGUUCUAUCUUGGUCGGACCAUCUGUGGUCUUGGGAUUGGGGGGUCUGCAACGAUUAUACCCAUCUAUUUGGGUGAGAUGAGUCCGAAAGAGAUCCGGGCAAGAUUGGGGAGUUGUUACCAGUUUACGUUUACCAUUGGGAUUCUAGUCUCGUAUUGGGUGGAUUAUGCAGUCGUUAAACUAUUGCCAACGUUGGAUUCAAAGCAAUGGCAAAUCCCAAUGGCUUUGCAACUCGUCCCCGGGGCCCUGAUGGGCGUGGGCAUGCUAACCCUUCACGAAAGCGUGCGCUGGCUACUAUUCCGCAGCGCCAGCAGUAACGACUCCAAACACAGCAAAUUCCUCCGAGACAAAGCAUGGGGCAGUCUCUUCUGGAUCCGCGGCGGAAGCACAGACGCACACGCUGAAUUCAACACCAUCAAAACAGGGGUCGACUCCGAACUGCAGACCCGCGCGGACUUCCACAUCUCCGAACUAGUCACUCACAAACCGAAUGCUCAUCGUUUAUUCCUUGGUUUCACUAUAUUCCUCGCGCAACAGUCCACCGGCGCCACAGCCCUUGCCUAUUUUGGUCCACAGUUCUUCGCUAUGCUCGUUGGGCCGGGGGAUAAGAAUCUCCUACUAACGGGUGUAUUCGGUGGUGUCAAAGUAAUCGCAUGUUUCGUGUUCGUGGUCUUCGUUGCGGAGAGAUUUGGUCGUAGACCGUGUCUUAUUUACGGAGCGGUGGUUAUGUCCGUUUGUAUGGUUAUCACUGCGUUUGUGGUCAAAGCGAAUCCGCCUCCUGAACCGCUGUCCCCGUCAUCAACAGAAGACGACGGCGGUAUACCAACAGCGGGACUUAUAACGGUUCUUCUGAUCUAUCUCAACAUCAUCGCGUUCAACCUGUCGUGGGGCCCGUUACCGUGGCCUUGCAUUUCGGAGAUUUUCCCCACGCGUAUCCGCGAACCGGGCGUUGCGUUUGGUGUGGCUUCUCAGUGGCUGUUUAAUUUCCUGUGGUCGUCUACUACGCCGUACAUCAUGGCGGGGAUUGGGUGGGCCACAUUUUUGUUGUUUGGGAUCUUGGAUCUGCUCUUUGCUGGGUUUGUGUUCUACUUUCUCAUGGAAACCAAGGGGAAGACGUUGGAGGAGAUUACGGCGCUGUUCGAAGGGUCAUCAUAUCUCCCGUUGAGUGAGGAUGAGGAUGGUCCCAAGGGAGAUGAACAGACCCCCUUGCGGUCAUAGACUUGUAUAUACUGUACAGUUACGUUGGAUACCAGAUCAAUACUGCAGAAUCGCGCUGAAUCACAUAAUUGAAUACUAUAUAUGGUGAUCCCAGCAAUAAAGCAACGUGGUCGUUCAUUCCAUCACUCAUGGCGGUAUAAGAUCAAAAACAAGUUUCCGUUCCCAAACUCCAGACGCCUCAAUCCUCGCUAAAGAAAUCAAGAGACAAUCAUUAGAGAUACAUAAUCCACCCGCGCCCUGCUAAAAAUAAC